UUUAAUAGGUAUAUGGGAGGGGAGUGGACUGGCGAUAGCCUCUAUCUCUAACACAAGUGACACUAUAUAAAGAAGAAGGAAGGGUGAGAGAGAUGCAUGAAGGGAUCCUCAUCCAAAGGGACCAUGAAGCUUGCCAUUGUCAUUGUACUGCUUCUUGCUGGCGCUGCGUCAGGAGCCAUUGAGAAGAGGAUUGUCGGGAGUAAGUCUUGUAAGAAGGACAGGCAAUACCAUGUACAGAUCCAGUCUGCCCAGGGGGGGAAGUCCUGUGGAGGCUCCCUGAUCAACACCCGCUGGGUCAUCACUGCUUCGCACUGUGCAGAACAGCAUGUGAAGGUGAGACUUGGCUUGAACAAUGAUGUGCCGUUUUUUAAGAAGAUGUGGUCUUUCAUGAAAGGAAAGUCCAAAAGUCUGGAGCAAGACAUUGCACCCGCCCAACAGUUUACUUACAGAGACGACGAAGAAAAAGCCCAUGACAUCAUGCUCAUCAAACUGACUGAGGACGUGUCUGCAAAGCUUCCCACCAUCAAGCUUCCUCCUCUUGCCGACUGUAAAAGGCCAGAGGCAGGACAGCAGGUGGAGGUGGGAGGCUGGGGAGCCAAGAAAGCUGACGUGUUAAACAGCAAAACCCCCCAGACUUUGAAGUGUGCCAGCACGGACAUGACCGCAUGUACUGAGAAUGAUAAACCCGGUAGUAGCUACGUCAGCAGCGAAGACACCACCAUGUGUGCCUUCAGGUCUGGGGUGGAGGCCUGCUUUGGUGACGCGGGCUCAGCUGUGGAGUAUAACAAUCUCUUACAUGGGAUUGUUGUAAGCGACCCGGUAGACAAGUGCGCAAACCCCAUUGUAAUGGCCGAUAUCUGUCACUACAGGGCGUGGAUUGAUGAAACCAUGAAGAAAAAUCCAUGAGUAGAACCUCAUGGGUUAAUACAGAAAUUGCGAGUUCACUUAACAUAGCUCAUGUCCUUUCAAAUAAAAUCAUUAGCACCUGCCAAAUUAACUAAUAAAACUGGAAAGUAUGGUUUGACUGUACACAGUCUGGGUAGGAAACAUUCAUAUUUUAACUGAAGACAACACAUUAUUUUGAAGAGCCACUGUACCAUGCAUACAUCUUUUUAAAAUAUGUUUGUCGGCUUUAUUUGAAUCCCUGUUUUCUUUGUUUCCUCUCUGUAAAAGCAUGAUGAAUUAAAAAAAAUAAAAAAUCUGAUAUCCC